AUUGUUAAUCGUAAAAUGGUUGUAAUUCUUGUAUUCAGUAAGCCUCAUCAUCUGGAAUAUAUACCAUUGAUAGCUGGGGUAUUUAGCGCUGUAUUUUUAUGCUAGAAGAAAAUGACUCCUUUUGAAUCAAACGUUAUUUCAUUUGAUUGAAAACAUGUUUGAUGGAAAGUAUUUAAAAGUAUUUGGUGCAACGGGAUGAGAGAAAAACGCUUUUCACAGAAUUUUGCCGGAGAGUUAGAAAUCUAGGCCUAGUGCGCAGUUACACGAAUAUUUCGCGAAAACUUGAAAGUGAAAUUUUUUGAUUAAUAUUUUGUCCUUGUAGUGAGGGAUUGCCUUGAAAUUUUGUAAUUAUUUUGGAGCAGUUGAAAGUUGAAGAAAAUACUGACCUAAAGUGACUGAAUAGACUAUAUUUGUCUAGUUUGAGUGAAUUAUUUCGAGACUUGUCAGUUAUAUUUGGUUCAGCUGUUGAAUACUCAACUCUCGAUCGCUCAAACGUCGAUUGACGAAGUUUCACGCCCCAGCUAGGAAAAGAAAUUCCAAUUCAAAAACGGUAUUUUUGAAUUGGAAAAAAGCAUUGGAAUCUAAAGUAAAGAAAAAGUAAGUAGAGUCAUAGCGAAAGAACAUUUAUCAUUUGACGUACGACACAGUACUUUCUCCAAAACAACGCAUAAUCACUUUUUCUCAUGAGAAGAUAGUCCAGAUCAUGACAAUAAUUUCGUUUAAAAUAAGUUAGAAACUGGUUCGUUCUCCUUAAGGGCACUAUUGGAUAAUUUUCUUUUUUUGUUCAUUAUUAAUUUUAGUGGCCUUCUUAAGAUGUUCGUUGCAUUCCAUGUAAAUAGUACAUGACAAAACUGACUACACCAAUCGAAAGAAUAGAGUUUAGACUAUAUUUUGGAUCAUAUUAUAAUGAAGUUGUUACACAAAAGAGAAUAGGAUGAAAUUGUGACUCGAUAACUCAGGUAAUUAGAGCGUUGACACGGAAUAUCAUGAUCCUGGGUUCGAGUCCUAUUCGAAUCAUAUUUUCUUUCGUUCAGUUGUUUCACAUCAUUUCAGAAAUAACAAUAUACGUCAUUUAACAAAAGAUAUAAUCUGUUAUUUUCGAAAUUUGAAAAUAAGGAAGAUCUAAACACAAGAUUGUGCAAGAACUUUUGACUUACUCCAUGGGGAAAUUUUGUUGAAGUAUCACGACGUUGAGAUCGUGCAGUUGCAACAUCAAAUGCAUAAUCACGUGUGAACUUUCUAUAAUUUUAUACUCGUUUACAAGCAAAAAUUUCUUUUCACACACCAUUUUACAAUGUCGAUAUGCCACCACAGUUCAUUUCACGAUAUUCAUCACUAACGUGUAGUUGAUAUUUUAGAACGUUUUGAUGUUACAUUUCUUCAUUUUGUUUUCUUCUUCAGAGUCAUAUGAAAAGUAUGGAACAAAUGAAUUAGAAGACGAUAAACCUGAUAUAGUGGCAAAAGUAAAGAAUGCUGAUGAAGACAGUCGAUUCAGAAUUAAAGAAAGAUCUAUUUUACAAGCAAAAUUAACUAAAUUAGCCAUACAAAUUGGUUAUGCUGGCAUGACAAUGGCCAUAUUAACCAUAGUCGUAUUAUUAAUUCGUUUUUCGGUUGAAGAAUUUGCUUAUAAAAAAGAAAAAUGGAAUAAUAAAUAUUGGAAUCGUUUAGUAAAAUAUUUAAUCACCGGUAUAUCAGUGUUAGUCGUAGCCGUUCCUGAAGGUUUACCGCUAGCUGUCACAAUAUCAUUGGCCUACGCUGUUAAACAAAUGAUGCACGAUAAUAAUUUGGUGAGACAUUUGGAUGCAUGUGAAACAAUGGGUAAUGUUACGGCAAUAUGUUCUGAUAAAACGGGAACAUUGACAACAAAUCGUAUGACAGUUGUGCAAGUAUACGUGGGUGAAAAAUAUUAUAAAAAUAUAGAACAACUACAAAAAGGGAACGAAAUGGUUAUACCAAUUAGAACACGUGAUAUUAUUAUAGAAGGCAUUGCAGUCAACAGUAGUUAUUCGACCAAAUUAUUGCCUCCAUCUGAGAAAGAGACGCUACCAAAACAAGUUGGUAAUAAAACUGAAUGUGCUUUAUUGAGUUUUGUUGUUAAUUGUGGUGGAUCGUAUGAUGAAAUUCGGCAACGUUAUCCAGAAGAAUGUUUUGUUCAUGUUUAUACUUUCAAUUCGGUCAGAAAAUAUAUGUCAACAGUUAUAGAACAAGAUGAUGGAACGAUAAGAAUGUUUACGAAAGGAGCAUCAGAAAUUGUGCUGAAAAAAUGUACAUCUAUUUUGAACUGUAAUGGUGAAACGGUACCAUUCUCAUCUGUUGAUUAUGACCGUCUUGUUCAAAGUGUCAUUGAACCAAUGUCAUGUGAUGGACUAAGAACAAUUUGUAUUGCAUUCAAAGAUUAUCGACAAGGAGAAUUACCUGAUUGGGAUGAUGAAACAAACGUUGUGGAAGAUUUAACUUGUAUCUCUUUAUGUGGAAUUGAAGAUCCAGUUAGACCGGAAGUUAUAUCAGCUAUUAAUAAAUGUAAAAAAGCUGGUAUAACAGUACGAAUGGUCACCGGAGAUAAUGUACAUACAGCGCGAUCAAUAGCUAUUAAAUGUGGUAUUAUCACACCCAAUGAUAGUUUCUUAGUUUUGGAUGGAAAAGAAUUUAACAGAAGAAUUAGACGAAAACAAAAUGGACAUAUUGAUCAAGUUCAAUUUGAUAAAGUAUGGCCUAAUUUACGUGUAUUAGCUCGUUCAUCUCCACAAGAUAAAUAUAUGGUUGUAACUGGAAUAAUUGCAUCAAAAAUAAAUCCAUCGCGAGAAGUGGUGGCCGUAACGGGAGAUGGAACAAAUGAUGGACCAGCGUUGAAAAAAGCUGAUGUUGGAUUUGCUAUGGGUAUUCAAGGUACAGAUGUGGCGAAAGAAGCAUCGGAUAUUAUAUUAGUUGAUGACGAUUUUUCAAGCAUAGUUAAAGCAAUAAUGUGGGGUCGUAAUGUAUAUGAUAGUAUUGCAAAAUUUUUACAAUUUCAAUUAACGGCAAAUUUAUCGGCUGGUUUAAUAUCUGUUAUAUCAGCUGCAGCUAUUAGCACUGUGCCAUUACGUGCUGUUCAAAUGCUUUGGGUCAACUUGGUUAUGGAUACACUAGCAUCAUUAGCGUUAGCAUCCGAAAAACCAACAGAAGAACUUUUAAAACGAAAACCGUAUGGACGAACAAGAUCGAUAAUAUCUCGUCUUAUGCUACGUAAUAUAAUUGGACAAAGUUUAUAUCAAUUAGCUGUUAUGUUUGUCAUAUUGUAUUGUGGUGAAGAAUUUUUAAAUGUUAAUUCAGCUAUUCAUACGGUUGAAGAUAAUAGAAAACCAAAUCAACAUUUUACCAUUGUAUUUAAUGCUUUUGUAUUAAUGACUUUGUUCAAUGAAAUAAAUGCGAGAAAAUUACAUGGUGAAAGAAAUGUGUUUAAAGGAAUAUUAUCAAAUCCCGUUUUCUAUACCAUUUGGAUACUAUGUUUUAUUCUUAUUGUUACAUUUGGAAAUAAUGCAUUUAGUUGUGUUGCAUUGACAAUUGAACAAUGGGGUUGGUGUCUACUGUUUGGUGUUGGUUCACUAGUUUGGGCACAAAUAUUAAUAAUGAUUCCAGUAAAACCAUUUGUACGUUUAUAUUUCUGUUUCUGUCCAUGUUAUAAAAAUGUCAACAUUUCAAAUGAUGAUGAUGAUGAAUAUGAACAUAUUAAUCAUGAUGAUGAUAGUGAAACGAAUAUGGAUAAACGAAAAUUAUUUUCAUCUAAACGUUUUUCUCCAGCGUUAGUCAUGCGAUUAGGCGGUACGCCGUCAAAGAUACUAUGGCUAAGAGGAUUUACACGUUUACAGAUGCAAUUUCGAGUAAUACAUGCAUUUCGUAGUCGAUUAGAAGAAGUUAGAGAAAAAUUGUAUGAAGUGAGACAUUCUAGUCAACCGGGUUAUACAAAUAUUUGUUAA